AUCCGGGUAUUCAUAAGAUUAAACCGGAUCAGGGAGAUCCGUUCGAUGUACUUUGUGAUAGUGCGACUGCAGGGCCUGGCUGGAUGGUUAUCCAACAGAAAACCGAUAAUAUGAUGAAUUUCUAUAGGGAGUGGUCAGCAUACCGCAAUGGUUUUGGAGGCCUUGCAGAUGAAUUUUUCUUAGGACUGGAAAAGAUUCAUCGCUUGACUAGCGCCCAGCCCCAUGAGCUCUACGUACAUGUGGAAGAUUCUGAUGGUGUCGUCGAAUACUACAGAUAUGAACUAUUCACAGUCGCUGGCGAGGACGAUCAAUACAGACUAACAAUCUCCGGUCAGGCUGAGGGCAAUGCAACAUUUAAUAUGUUUUAUUACCACAACAAUCAGCAAUUCAGCACCUUCGAUCGUGUUAAUGUAAACUGUGGCCGCAACUGCGCGCAUUCACGCAACAUUUAUGGAGGCUGGUGGUACAGCUGCGUUUGUGAUAAAAGCUCUGAUGAGGACAAGGCCAUGAGUUGGAAUCCAUGGUACUUAUCGGAAAACGUCAAAAUGCUUAUACGGCCAAAAAACUAUACAAAAUGAAAUAAAAUGAACAAGUA